AGAAUUUAGUUUGCUAAGAACGCGGACGAUAGCAGAACGUACAGCACAAAUACACGGUCAUUCCGAUUGUAUACGUUUAUAUUUUUAAAGAGUUGUGAAACAGCAGAGAAGAAAAUAUAUCAUUUCUCCCCACAGAACUUGGAAAAGUGCUUCAAGUGCAAUUUAUUCAUACCACGGUUAAGCAAGUGAAAAAUGUUACGAAAUUCCAAUAGCCAAAGUGUGAAGCAACUAACAAAAAUUACAGAAAAUAAUUUUACCAAAGCCUUAACUAUCAAACAAGACGGCUUGAAGGAAACGGCAUUUGAAGACUGAUGUGUUACUAUGUAUACUGAAAGUAUUUAGAUUGCUAACGCAAAAAACCGUAAUAUAAGCUUCCGUAAUAAACAGGGAAAGCAAAUAAUUGUUUGCAAAUUUAUGUGUAAAAAUAAUAACAUAUAUAACAAUUUCCUGGCAAUACGAAAAACGAUUAUAUAGCUGAUUACAGCAAAGUGGGUCUAAAGUGUUGCUCAUACAUGCAUGUAAAUACGUAUAUAUGUAGUUGUUCACGUCACCCAUGCGUUAGGAAAAUCUAUAAAAGUUUUCACAAUUCUUAAAGGGUGAAAACAUACAUACAAAAUAAAAAAGAAGCCGCACUCAUAAAUUUCAAAAAAUAGAAAAUCUAAAAACAAAAACAAAGAACUGCAUUGACAUUGUAAGCAUAAAGCAGGAGCAUUGAAAAGCAGGAUUUCCUUUAAAUUCAGUCAAUUCGGCGUAUAGAGGCGCAUUGCAGUAUUGGAAUCAGCGCAUAUUAACGUGGGUCAUGUCUCUAGAAGAUCCAUUCUUCGUGGUGAAGGACGAGGUAUUCAAAGCAUUAAAUAAAACUCGCGGCCUAUAUUUGCGUUGGCGCGAGUUAAGCGAUAGUAGCGGCAGCGCUGAAGUUGAAUGGACUACAACCGAGUUAAGGAACUCAUUGCGUAGCAUUGAAUGGGACUUGGAAGAUUUGGAGGACACAAUUAGUAUAGUUGAAAAGAAUCCGAAUAAAUUUCGCAUUGAUAAUCGUGAGCUUUUGAGUCGCCGGCAUUUCAUCGACAAUACACGCGAUGAGGUCCGGCAGAUGAAAGAGAAGAUGAGCCUGAAUCGGAACAGGGACAGAGAUAUAACGGCACAUCAACCACUACUCGAUGAACACAAUCAUAACGAAAUUAAUCAUCAAAACAAUCAGAACGGCAAUAGUAAUUACAUUAACAACUAUAACAACAGCCUAAAUAGUAAUAGUCAUCACAAUAAUCAUAAUCAACUACAACAACAGCAGCAGCACCACCAUAAUCAUAAUCAUCAUCAUCACGGUAUCAGUGAUAAAACCUAUUUGGUUGAGUGUACAAACGGUGGCAUCGGCAGUGGUGGUCUCUUACAGCAGAACUCUUUGAUCAGCAGCGCAGGCAGCGGUGUAGCCAAUACAAUUGCCGGCACAAUGGCAGCAGCGGCACAACGACACAGCGGUACAAAGUACUCCAAAUUGGAGAAUACCGUGGAUAGUCCGGGUCAUUAUGCAUCGUUGGAUAGUCCGGGGCAUCGUUAUGUGGGCGAAACGGUGUCAGUGCAGCAGCGCAUGAUGCAGGGGCAAGAUGAACAGCUAGAUAUGAUAAGUGAUUCCAUUGGAACGUUAAAGACUGUAUCACGACAGAUUGGCGUGGAGUUGGACGAGCAGGCUGUGAUGCUCGAUGAUUUUGGUAAUGAGUUCGAUACAACGGAAUCCAAAUUGGAUACAACAAUGAAAAAAGUUGCCAAAGUAUUGCACAUGAAUAAUGAUAAACGUCAGUGGGCUGCAAUUUUCAUACUAUCCGCGCUUUUGUUAAUUGUGAUAAUUUUGUUUAUAAUUUUGUAAAUAUCGCACUAAGUAAAAAAUUUCUUAAUAAUAUAUUUGUUGACACAUGUAUCUAUUUUCUAUUGUACCCAUUACUUCCAUGUGUGCAAUGUUCAAACUUGUUUAUAUUUAUUUAUAUUGUAAUAUUUAAAUAGUCUAAUGCAGAAUUUAUUAAAAUUUUCAAUUCCAAAGUUUGAAACUUUAAUUUGUUAGCUAGUUGUUUUGUAUUUAGUUUGUUUUAAUUUAAUUGUUUUUGGUUUAGCAGUUUUUAAAAUGCCUUCAGAGUAAUAAAAAAAUCCUCAGCAAACUUAAUAUCGCUUAACUGCCCAUGCCACAUAUUAUAGAACAUUUUUUAACACUAGAAAUAUACAUAGGAAUAUUUGUCAAAUAAAAUUUUUUUAUAGCUUUUGAAAUCAUAAUUUUACAACCAAAUUUUAUGUAUACGAAAUUGAACCAAAAAAAAAAUAUUUUGUUUUGAUUAAAGUCAUUUGAAUUCACAGCUUGGUUCAUUUAAAAUUUCAAGUCAGGUAUUGCAGACUACAACGACCAGUCAGUUAUCAGUUACGUUAGAAAAAUACUAGGGCGCCUGCUAGUAUGCAACAUUUGUAUUUGUUUAUUUGUAUUUUAUAUAACAGGCCAGGAAACAUUUUGAGUUUUAAUAUAGCAAAAAAUAUGUAAUUUAAAAAGAGCUUGCUAUCUAGUUAAACUGUGGCAAAUACAACCAAUUUUUGUGUUUACAGCAAAUUAUGUAUGUAUUUUAAUUAUAACUGUAGAGCAAUUAAAGCCAAAAAAAUACUAUGCUCGGGGCAAAAUAUUGUUAAUUAUUAAUAUUAACUUCUAUAACAUAAAAUAUUACCACAUCCUUUGAUUUUAAAACUUCUUGAAUCCAAUAUUUACUUUUAAACUCUUUUAACCCGUUCACAUACAUACCUACUACCUUGCAACCUUAUUAAAUUCCAUUACAAGUCUAUUUAUAUACAUAUAUUAUAUAUUUGUAUUAAGCGGCUUACAAGCAAAUACAUAUAUAAAGGGCAUAUAAACUGUUUCAGUCUUCAAAUUGUCAUAUACACAAUACCGCACAUAUAGCAACAAAAGAAUAACGAAAAAAACAUAACAAAAAAGACAACAAACAAAUUAUAUAAAAAAAUCCAAUUUAAAGUUUGAAAAACCAUUGUAAAUCUAGUUCAAAUAAAAUGCAAAAGAAUCAUUUAGUAUCAGUUACAAUUACAGUAAAAUGUAUGUAUGUAUAUGUGAAGAGUAUAUAAAACGCGCAUAUGUCUUGUAUAUCAAAUGAUAUGUAUUUAUUUAUGUGAAAAUUAUAUAAUAUGUAAUUUUUAAUUCCAGUCAAAUACAAAGUAGUCAAACUUAUUACCUAAAAACAAACAAACAAAAAAAAAUAAAUAAAUGAACAACAAAGAAAAUCGUAUAAUCGAAAUUUGAAAUGUAUUGUAAUGUACUUAUAAAACAAAUUCAAUUGCGAAAAUAUAUAUACAAAACAACUAUAUACAAAGCCAUGCAAA